AUGAGUUCCUUCCCGUGUGAAGAGUCGAGAUUAUCUCUGUCUUUCCUCGACGAUAUCGAACUUGGCCCCAGCUGUGGUUUCGGUAAUUCGCCACGGGGUGAAAUCCGUGCUACUGAAUGCUGCGAUUUGCGAGAAUAUUUUCGGAGACCGAUGGGGCAAAAUGAGGGCAGAAAUCCGAGGAAAUUGCGACUACUGAUGGCACCUGUGAACAAUCAAAGAAUGAUAGCUGUUGACGACGACGAAAGAUCCAACGGACCUAUAAUCUCGCAAUUCGAUUUCGAAGACGCUGAGAACAUUCUGAAUUUUCCCAGACCAUUCGAUGCAUCGGCAAAAAUUCGCUCUAACGAGAAUCAAAAGCGAUUAUUCCAUUUCACUGCCGAUUCACAAAAUAUUGAUGGCAAUUCUCGGACAGGGGUGUCGUCGGAAAACGGCGACUUCAAAGAAGUCAACCGAUCACAAAAGCCUGUCACUGAUGAUCGGCCUUUGAUGCAAAUGCGAGCAUGAGUUCGAUCAGAUGAAGAAGGACCCAGCAUUCAAAAACUCGCGAAGCUCGACAUUUUCGAAAGAAAGCAAUCGGUUGCCUCUGAAUCUGAUCAAACAGCCCUUCAUGCGAUCCAAUCGAACAAUACUUCAAAAGAAAAUGAAAAAAAUAUUCAACGAGUGGCGGAUGCAGCUCUGAAUGGUUGUGGAUCUUUAGCGUAUGAUGAUGCUGAUCAAUUUUCCGCAAAAACGCCUCGUCAGAAUCCACAGCAGCCUGCAAGUUCAAAUACACCUGACUCUGAUUUAGAACAAACAACGAGAUGGUUUGAUUCACUACGAGAAGCACGUGAAAUAUCGCUGCAAGGUUUCGAUAGUAUCCAGGAACCAGAACCCAUGCAGGGGAUCCCAGAAGAAAGCAAAUCUGAUCCCGAUAGCGCUCACAACUCGGAAAUGCAUGGGGAUGAGAAAAGGAACGGACAUCUAGGUAGUAACGUUAAAACUUCUAUCUCUGAGGAGAUAUGUCUUGAAAAAAUGGAUGUCACUACGUCAUCACGGAAGCCAUCGGGUACCAACAUCAAGCGUUGUAAAACCAGAUUUGCUUUUAUAGCGUCGUAUGUUCCAAAACGAAAGAAAACUAAUUUGAAGAUUGUCGACGGGAUCUGUACCGUCACCAUGGCAAAUGGAAUCCAACUUGUGUAUAGAUUUGUCAAGCCGCAUCCAAUUUCGUCAAGAAUUUCUCGAUUUUUUGACCGUGAGCAGCGUUAUAUUCCUCCUGAGUUUAGCGAAUAUCAGUGUUACUGCCUCAAACAUCGAGAUUUCAACCAGGUGGAGCUCCUAUGCAACGUCUGCAAGCACUGGUUUCACGCCAACUGUGUGAGCGUCAAUACAGACAACUUGAUCCCUUUCAUGCUCAACGUUAACUUCGUGUGUCGCCUGUGUCAUCCGGACCAAAGGGAGUCUCUGGAGCAAACCACAGCGUCGUACGCGGACAUUUGCAUCACAGCUCUAGCCAACCUGCGUCAGCAGAGCGUAUCAACGGGUGCACAACCGGAAACCCAAGGUAUCAUGACUUACCCGCCUAACGAAAGAUCCGAAUUUGCUGGCAUGGUCUUCAAGAUAGAGUUGGACGACGAGGCGAAACGCGAGUGCGUCACGCGAUUGAUCCGCGAGAAGCAAGGCAUGAUCGAGGACUGCGUGUUGCGGCAGGUGGGAUUUCCGGACUUGGAAUCGUUCGUAUCCCGGGUCACGGAUGAUGCAUCUGAACGGGACUCGGAUGACAAAUGGGUUCGAAACGUGAUGGAUGUGAUGUCGCAGCGGUUGCAUCGCUUCACCAGCCGCGUUCUAAAGUUAGCCAAGCUCACGAGUGACCUGGGACAACAGGGCUCAGGUCGCCAGGAUCAAGGUGCUUGCGUCACCAUCAGCACGACCUCGACCCCGAACCCUGCCAAAACAGCAGGAAAUACUGAUCCAGCAAUAAAUGCUGCAAAAGGAUCACAACAGCAGCAGCAGCAGAGACUCAGCAAUAAUAUUGAUGCGGUGUUAACGCCUCUCGGUCCUGUGAGGUUGCAAAAGUCGUCGCGACUUUCGUUGGACUCCGAAUUUUACGUCACUGGCAGAUCUGACGGGUAUUUUUCUAUCCGUGCCACGCAUUUUGCACGGAUUGGCGCUUGGUUUUGGGAGUGUCGAAUCACGUCGUUCAAGGCCGCUGAUGCUGAUGAUCAUGCGUCAUUGAUUACUGACCAUCAAACACCUGACUUGGGCAAUGGAAAAUUGAGGGUGUAUAAACCUGGACUGCGAGUUGGCUGGAGUCGACCAGAAUCUGACAUGAAUUUGCCUGUGGGACAAGACGCUCACGGUUUCGGGCUCGCGUGCAACGGACGCGUGUUCUGUGACGGAUAUGGCUGCGCCCGUGCGGCUCCAUUGCGAGAGGGUGACGUGGUCGGCGUGCUCAUCAACGUUCAGCACGCGGGGCGUACCUUCAUGUCAUUCUACAAGAAUGGGGUUCGGAUCGGGGAUGUUCCUGGGGGUGCCAUGCCGGGUUGCUAUUUCCCGACUUUGUCUCUUGCUGGCAGAGUGUCGGCCGAGGUGAAUUUCGGCCCGGAGUUCCAGUUCGAGCCGCCGAAAAUUGCCGAAGCGUUUUCGUCACUCGGAAUUCAUCGUUGAUGAUGAGUCAUCGUCGAGUUACGUGUAUACCGUAUACAUAAGGGCGAUUGGACCAUUUUGUACUUCGUGUUCGUCUGUUGAAUGAUAGUUUACGUUUAAUUGAUAAACUGCUGGAGAUACAAAACGGAAAACUCGAA